UUUCAUGUCUUUCUCGUUAAAGCUCGUGUUUUUUUGUCUGGUUUUCCUUUUAAAACCGUCUGUUUUUUUUUCUUUUUUCAAACUUUUUAAUGGAGAUGAUUAGCUUGCGGGCUUGGCUUCAUCUCUCUCCUUGUUUAUUUGUUUAAUGAUUUGACCGUUUCCAUGGAGAAAUCUAUUAAGGGUGAGAUAUUUAUGAUGACAGUUGCAGAAUAGGGGUUUUUUGGGGCGGAAAUGGCGUGGGUUUUGGUUUCAGGGUUAAAAGAUCGAGCACUUUUGAUUUUUGUUUGAGCUUUCUUUUGUUCAAUCUUAAAGUCGAGGGUAAAGUUCCGUUUCCCUGUAAAUGGUUAAAGAGGAAGUGGAAGCUCUUGUUUGUUCUUGAACUGGAAAUGAUUGAGCUGCUCAGUUACUUCUUGUGAAGAAUCAGUAGAAGCAGCUCACAGAAAAAGUCCAAAUAGAGCUCCAUUGUUGUGAGAAGAAAUCAAAGAAAGUGAGCUAUUGAAAACUGGGAUCCGCUUCAGAUCGUCGAGAAUUCCAUCAGUUACUGUUACAGAAAGAAAAGACUGCUUCUCAUUGAUUUGCAUUUGAAUUGCACAGCUGCAGAAGAGGGAUCAAAGGUCUUUUACUUCCAAUUUUGGAAAGGGAGGAAGUAUCAAUUCCUAGCCUCAAAGAAACAAACCCAUCUUGUUUCAGGCGAGAAAAAGAUGGUUGAAGAAGAGAGAGAAGAAGAGGAGAGAGAGAGUGCCAUGGAUACGAAGUCCACAGAGGAUUGGCUCAGAUAUGCUGAGGAACUGGUCCCAAUAGCCAUAAAGAAGGCAACCAUGGUGAAAGUUUUCUUGGGUAAAUGGAAACUCAUAUCAUCCAAAUUGGAGCAGGUACCCCAAUGUUUAUCUUCUCUCUCUAGCCACCCCUGUUUCUGCAAAAACUCUCUGUGUAAAGAGCAGUUGCAGGCAGUCUCUGCAACUUUGCAGGAAGCCAUUGAUUUAGCGGACUCGUGUUUGGAAGAGAAAUACACAGGCAAGCUUCAGAUGCAGAGCAAUCUCGACUCUCUCCAUACGAAACUGGACUUGAAUCUCCAUGACUGUGGCUUGCUUGUAAAGACCGGACUUUUGGGUGAAGCCACUUUGCCAUCAACUGUUACAAGAUCAGGAGCAGCGGCGAGAUUGGAGGCCAUGAAAUGGAAUAUCAGAGAGCUCUUGGCUAGGCUUCAAAUUGGCCGUAUCGAGGCAAAACACAAAGCUCUUGAUAAUUUGCUAGAAGCCAUGAAAGAAGAUGAAAAGAAUGUGUUAUCGGUUUUGGGCCGAAGCAAUAUCUCUGCAAUUGUUCAAUUGUUGGGCUCUGGUUCUCAUAGGAUGAGAGAGAAAGCGGCAAUGGUGGUGUGUUAUUUGGCUGAAUCAGGGAGUUGCGAAAGUCUUUUGGUUCCUGAGGGUGCGAUUCCACCGUUAAUCCGAUUGUUAGAAUCCGGAAGUCCAAUCGGUAAAGAGAAAGCUGUGAUUACAUUACAAAGGCUUUCGAUGGCGUCUGAAACUGCUCGAUUGAUUGUUGGUCAUGGAGGAAUCCCCCCAUUAAUCGAGAUUUGCAGAAAUGGGGUCUCUGUUACUCAAGCAGCAGGAGCCGGAACUCUGAAGAAUUUAUCAGCUGUACCUGAAAUACGGCAAAAUCUAGCAGGAGAAGGGGUUAUUAAGAUUAUGUUAACCCUCUUAGACUCUGGUAUUUUGUUAGGUUCAAAGGAAUACGCUGCCGAAUGCUUGCAAAAUCUAACAGCCAGCAACGAGAGUUUGAGGAGAUCGUUGGUUGCAGAAGGGGGGAUUCAGCAGCUGCUAAGGUACCUCGAUGGCCCAUUGCCCCAAGAAUCUGGAGUUGGGGCGCUGAGAAAUUUGGUGGGUUCGGUCGCUAUCGAGGCUCUUCUCUCUCUAGGCCUUCUUCCUCGACUGGUUCAUGUUCUCAAAGCUGGGUCUUUAGGGGCUCAACAGGCUGCAGCUUCAGUGGUUUCGAGGGUGUGUAAUUCUAGAGAGAUGAGGAAGUUAGUGGGAGAAAGUGGGAUCCUUCCUCUUCUUGUGAAGAUGUUAGAGGCCAAGACAAAUUCGGCUCGAGAAGUUGCAGCUCAGGCUCUUUCAAAUUUGUUGGUUUGUCCUCAAAAUUGCAGAGAGAUGAGGAAGAGCGAGAAAGGGGUGCCAAGCCUGGUCCAGUUGCUCGAUCCGGGGCCUCAAAAUUCAGCUAAAAAGUACGCGGUUUCGUGUCUCGGAUACCUCUCUAGCAGCAAGAAGUGCAGGAAGUUAAUGGUCUCCUAUGGAGCAAUUGGGUAUCUGAAGAAGCUCUGUGAAAUGGAGGUUCCUGGUGCCAAGAAGCUCCUUGAGCGUCUAGAGAGAGGAAAGUUGAGAAGCAUCUUCAGCAAAAGGUAGAUUAGAUGCAGAUUCCUCUCUCUCUCGACAAUGUAUGUAUAUACGAUUGUACCUGGAUAUGCCUUUUGGGUAAUCUUAAGAAUGCUUGUAUGAGAUAGAGGUUCUAUAUACCGAGAACCUUCUUGGAAUUUCAGAGAGCAGAAAGUUAGGGAGGUAGAAGUUGGGUUUUCUCUCACUAAACUUAUGUUUUAGUUUCAUUGGCUCUAUGAAACACUACUCUAUUGUAAACAUGGAGUACCUUGAUCUUGGUGUAAAAUCUAUGAGGGUUAAAACUCUCCAAGUUCUAUAUAAUAUUUUAUCUUUUGCUUUUGGCACCA